CCUGCCUCUCCACACUGUCUAGGACACCUGAACUGCCUCACAUUCACACACUCACACUCAUACACACGCUGGAACGUCUGGAUACUCACACACACUCUCACAGAAAGGACCUAAGUGCUCAUAUUCACUCUUACACACACACACACACACACACACACACACACCAAACGUACUGGGACGCCUGACUGACAAACACACACACACACACACACACACACAUACACUAUCUGGGAUUAGCUGUUCACCUGAUCGCAUCUGGACUCAGCGGAACAGAGGCGUACCUGCGUUGCCAUGGCCACAGUGCGGAUGAGGCUGAUGGUGCUAUCGUGCCUGCUGGCGCUGUCUCAACUGGGAGAUGCCAAGAGAGGGAGAGGCAACAGGGCAGACCUGGAGCCAGGCCAGAGGAUGAAGAUGCCAUACGAGCCCAAGUCGGUGUUCCGGUUCUACACUGGGGGAGAGAACAUGGAGGACACCUGCGUUCUGGAGCUCUUCCAGACACACACAUUCCAAGCCUGUGGCUUCAACAACACACACCCGCUUGUCAUCAUCACGCACGGCUGGUCGGUGGACGGCAUGAUGGAGAGCUGGGUGACUAAACUGGCUGCCCUGAGGACGUCGCUCGGGGACGUCAACGUGGUCAUCACUGAUUGGCUGCCCCUGGCCCACCAGCAUUACCCGGUCGCCGCCACCAACACCAGGGUGGUGGGGCAGGACAUCGCUCACCUGCUGCGCUGGCUACAGGACUUCCUGCAGUUCCCCACCAGUAAGGUGCAUCUGAUUGGCUACAGCCUGGGCGCACACAUCUCUGGGUUCGCUGGGACUUACCUGGGAGACUCCAUAGAGAUCGGACGCAUCACAGGUCUGGAUCCUGCAGGCCCCCUGUUUGAGGGCAUGUCCGCGACCGACCGCCUGUCCCCAGACGAUGCCCGCUUCGUGGACGCCAUCCACACGUUCACGCAGGAGCGCAUGGGUCUGAGCGUGGGCAUCAAGCAGCCCGUGGCACACUUCGACUUCUACCCCAACGGAGGAGCCUUCCAGCCCGGCUGCCAUCUGCACGUCACCAACCUCUACGCCCACCUCACGCAGUACGGCCUCAUGGGGUUCGAGCAGACUGUAAAGUGCGCCCAUGAACGUUCCGUCCACCUGUUCAUCGACUCCCUGCUCAACAAAGACAAGCAGAGCAUGGCGUACCGUUGCCGCGACGACAGCGCGUUCGAGAAUGGUCUGUGUCUGGACUGCCGUAAGAACCGCUGUAACAAGCUGGGCUACGACAUCAGGAGGGUGCGCACUGCCACCAGCAAGAAGCUCUUCCUCAAGACUCGCUCCCAGAUGCCCUAUAAACUGUACCACUACCAGUUCCGUAUCCAGUUUAUCAACCAGAUCGAGACCACAGACCCCUCACUCACCAUCAAACUUGUAGGAACUAAAGGGGACAGCGAACAGCAGUCCAUCAACUUCAUCGAGGAGAUCUCGGGGAACAAGACCUACUCGUUCCUCAUCACGCUGGACACGGACAUCGGGGAGCUGAUGAUGCUGAAGUUCCACUGGGAGGGCAGCCCCAUGUGGAGCAACGUGUGGAGCCGCAUGCAGACCUUCAACCCCUGGGGCAGCGGCUCGCAGGGCCCCAAGCUCACCGUCGGCAAGAUCCGCGUCAAGUCCGGCGAGACCCAGGAGAAGACGUGGUUCUGCGCCCAGACGGAGGACGGCGUGCACAUCCAGCCGGCGGAGCAGAAGGUGUUCGUGCGCUGCCAGGUGGAGCGGCAGAAGCACCGGCGCGCCAGGAUACACAGCCGCUAAACAGGAUGUGACAUCACGAUCACGCCUGUCCUUCAAAAUCAACCUCUAGUGCUGGCUGGGAAAUUUAUAUAUAUAUAUA